GACCAUGACACAAUAGACUCCUCUGAGUACUCAUUCAGCAGCUAUUUCAUUGACGGAAACCCCAACAUGUUCCAACCCGAUUUCAUACUAGAAGAAACUGAUUUCGAUACACUCAUUAGCGCCAUUCGAAGCGAGCCUGCAGCAGAUCCAAUUGAAAGUUUCUAUUCAGACUACGGAUACAAUCAAUUUACCAACGCCUAUAUGGAGCUGCCACUCAGGAAUGAUGCUGUCUUGGCAGCUGGUGCUGACUUCGGCGGUUAUGAGAUGAUGGAUCCAAACCCAGGUCAGCUGGUUUGGAACCAGGAAGUGGAGGAGGAUAUGAAGGAUGAUGAUUCGUCUGAGACAGCGACAACCAAUAAACCCGAAACCACAAAGAGAAUCGGCGGUGCAAAGGGUGAUCGGACGAGGACUUUGAUCUCUGAGCGGAAGAGGAGAAGUGGGAUGAAGGAGAAGCUAUACGCGUUGCGUUCGUUAGUACCCAAUAUUACCAAGAUGGAUAAAGCUUCAAUUGUUGGAGAUGCAGCACGAUACAUUCAAGAUCUUCAAACACAAUCGAGGAAUUUAAGGGCUGAGAUUGCAACAAUCGAAGCAACUAAAACCCUAAAAACAUCAUCAUCCCAGAAUUCGAAAAUCGCUCAUGCUUCAUGCCAAAUUCCUACAUUAAAGAUGAUAUCAAAGUUGGACAUGUUUCAAGUUGAGGAGAAAGAAUACUAUGUAAGACUCAUUUGCAACAAAGGACGAGGUGUUGCGGCUUCACUUCAUCGAGCACUUGAGUCGCUCACAAGCUUUCAAGUCCAAAGUUCGAAUUUAUCCACUGUUAAUGAUGAUUUUGUUUUGACAUUCACGUUAGAUGUUGCGGUGUGCGAAUUUGACAUAAACUUGCCAAAUUUGAAGCUAUGGCUUUCAAGUGCUUUCGUCAACCAAGGAUUCCAAUUCAACACGUUUAGAUCUCGCUGAAUCAAUUUGAAUUACGUCGAUAUGCAUGAACUUGUGUGGCAUUUUUUAACGCUCACACGCACAUGCAUCAUUUUGAGAUUUUGCAUCUUUUGUUUACUAGUGAUGGUUUAUGGAUGUUCUAAUAAACAUAAAAUAAAGCUUA